AUUAGAGUGUCGACACGACGCCAUGCUCCUGGUGCGUCAGCUGUUUGGCUCAUCAUCCAAUUCGUGGGUGCGCGCCCUCAUCAUCUUUGUGCUCGCCUGGGCGGUGCUCGUCUAUGUGUUUGUGCUGAAGCUAACCAAUAGCCAGGCCCAGAAUCAAAGCCAUCAAACAAUCUCUGCCAGUGAUAAUGAGCACAAUGCGCGGCGCAUCAAUCAGGCGCUGCAGCUGCUGGAGCACACGGAGCGACGCAACGAGGAGCUCAAGCUGCUCAUCGAUGAGCUGAUGAGCGAACAGCUGGAUAAGCAGAGCGCCAUGAAGCUCAUCCAAAGGCUGGAAAAUGAUUCGCACAAUGCAAAGCAAUCAAUGGGCGAUGAUACGCUCUUCGAGGUGAUUCCAGCCGAUGCCGCUGGACAGGAUCAACAGCAUCAGCAGCAACAGCCGCAGCCACAGCCGCAGCAAUUUGGCUCAGAUGCUGCCGGCCAACUGCCUGGGCAGCCGGGCAUUGAGCCCAGCUUGGAGUACGAGUUGACGCGGCGACGCAUCCAAACGAAUAUCGCCGAGAUUUGGAACUACUUCAGCAGCGAGCUGGGCAAACUGCGCAAAGCUGUCGGGCCCGGCAACUCUGAGCUGGAGGAGUCCAUACAGCAGGUGCUGCUGCAGGGCGCCGAUCACAAACGCUCGCUGCUGAGCGAUAUGGAGCAGCUGCGGCGCGUCGAUGGCUACGAGGCCUGGCGCCAGCAGGAGGCCAAAGACUUGAGCGACCUGGUGCAGCGGCGACUCCAUCACCUCCAAAAUCCCAGUGACUGCCAAAAUGCUCGCAAACUUGUCUGCAAGCUGAACAAGGGCUGCGGCUAUGGCUGCCAGUUGCACCAUGUGGUCUACUGCUUCAUCGUGGCCUAUGCCACAGAGCGCACGCUGAUACUAAAGUCGCGCGGCUGGCGCUAUCACAAGGGCGGCUGGGAGGAGGUGUUCCGUCCGGUGUCCGAUAACUGUCAGGACGCGGGCACAGCGUACGCCUAUAAUUGGCCGGGCAAGUCGAAUACUCAGGUGCUGGUGCUGCCGAUCAUUGACUCGCUGAUGCCACGCCCACCCUACCUGCCACUCGCCGUGCCGGAGGAUUUGGCGCCACGCCUGAAGCGCCUGCACGGCGAUCCCAUCGUCUGGUGGGUUGGACAGUUUCUCAAGUAUCUGCUGCGUCCGCAAACGGAAACGCGCGACUUCCUUAACUCGGGCAUGCGCAAGCUGGGCUGGGAGCGUCCCAUUGUGGGCGUUCAUGUGCGACGCACGGACAAGGUGGGCACCGAGGCGGCCUUCCACGGCAUCGAUGAGUAUAUGACGCAUGUGGAGGACUAUUAUCGCACUCUCGAGAUUAAUGGGAGCAGCGUGGUGCGUCGCAUCUUUCUGGCCUCCGACGAUGCGCGGGUCAUCGUGGAGGCACGCAAGAAGUAUCCGCAAUAUCAGAUCGUCGGCGAUCCGGAGGUGGCGCGCAUGGCGGCCGUCUCGACGCGGUAUACGGAUACCGCCCUGAAUGGCAUCAUUCUGGACAUUCAUCUGCUGUCCAUGUCCGACUAUUUGGUGUGCACCUUCUCCUCGCAAGUCUGCCGCGUGGCGUACGAGAUAAUGCAAACGAUGUAUCCGGAUGCGGCGUAUCGUUUUAAAUCGCUGGACGAUAUCUACUAUUACGGCGGACAGAAUCCGCACAAUCGACGGGCGGUCAUUCCGCAUAAGCCGCGCUCGCACGAGGAUCUGCAACUGAAGGUCGGCGAUCUCGUCUCGGUUGCGGGCAAUCAUUGGGAUGGCAACUCCAAGGGCAAGAAUACGCGCACCAAUCAGGGCGGACUCUUCCCCUCCUUCAAGGUGGUCGACAAGGUCGAAACGGCCAAGCUGCCAGUCUAUCCGGGUGUCUAAGCUCUCUACCGAAUGUCGGAUAUCUGAUAUCGAAUACCGGAUAUCCUGGAUAGCCAGCCGACCCCAUCCAGAACCUUCUCUGCUGAAUCUCAAUUUAAAAUUCUGCUCCGCCGCAUUCCAAGUGUUUGUGCAUCUUAAAUUCUGGUUAACAUCGCCAAAAACUAACAAAAGAACAGAAACGGAAAAUCUCAAAUCUAUUCAAAUGCUCUAAUCUCUUUUCCUGGAAUGUGGAAUCGAUCAAUGUUCCACACGAUUCCAUUUGUUGCACUAAUUCUAUGCAUUUUCCUAAGCCGAAGAAAUUAGAAAAA